CACCGAGCACGGACGUGUCGCAGCCUGUAACCUGUCAAUUGAGUACAAAUAAUUCCACAGUCAAUUCCUGCCUUCCAUUUAGUAUAGUAACUUAAUAUUUGUUAUGUAACAUGUUUUAAUGUUAUGUGUUAGUUCCGGGCGCCAUUGGCGUGUUACGUAACAGUUCCGUGAAUCAAUAGCGGCCUUAAAUAGUUAGGGUUGAACAGCUGGCUUACGGCCAGGCGAUGCAGCCCCCGAGAAUGCGUAAGCCGCGCCGGCAUCGAUGGCUGACGGUGUCUGUGUUCUUCAUAGCCUACUCCGUUUUCCAAGCUGUGUUGAGCCAUCCAUCAGAACCUGCGAACCCCGAGGCUGACACUGCUAGGGUCUCCCAAGCCCCAGAUAUAAAAACGACUAGUGACCUUAAAGCUGGACCAAUUGUCACUCCGAGUGCGGCAAGUAAGGAAGAAGUCACGAAACCAGAAGGCAAGAAAGCUAUGAAAGGACUGAUAGACGAAACAGAAGAAGGGGAGAAGAAAAAGCAAAAAGACGCCGGAUAUGAGGAGGACACGGGCACGGUGGUGAUAAGGAAGGAAGAAGAAAGGGAAGAGGAGACAGAUGCAGUACCAACCGUGCAUCCGCUGAGGAACUGCACGCCACCAGCCAUAGAACAGUUCCCCAGACCUCUUAUGGGUCAAACGGCUAGGAGACACGGAGGGCUGAUAAUCCACGUACUCGUGGCCGUGUUCACUUUCAUUGGACUGGCGAUUGUCUGCGACGAAUACUUCGUUUCCAGUUUGGACAGGAUUUGCGAAGAGCUGAAGCUGGCUCCGGACGUGGCCGGAGCGACCUUCAUGGCGGCCGGCAGCUCGGCUCCCGAGCUGGCUACUGUUGUCAUCGGCGUGUUCUGCGCUCAGGAUGACAUCGGCGUCUCCGGUGUGAUCGGUUCAGCUGUUUUCAACAUAAUGUUCGUGAUCUCUGUGUGUGCUCUCUGCGCUGGGACCGUAUCUCACCUGAACUGGUGGCCUCUGUGCCGCGACUGCUUCUUCUACGCCAUAUCCAUACUCGUGAUGCUCUGCACUAUUGCAAACGGCUUUGUGUCCUGGCCCGAGGCCCUGUUCAUGCUGAUCAUGUACGGCGUGUACUGUGUCGCUCUGCGUUUCAACACGGCCUUGGAGCGGUGGGCUCUGACGCUUCCGCUGCCUUUCAAACUGCCAUCCAGAGAGGAACAGGCGGCGUUGGUCACUUACAAGAGCGCCGGUGCGACGGGGGCUGGUGGGUCUGCGGAGGCCCCGGCGGGUGAGGGUUCCGUGGGACAGUACGCGGAGGUCGGAGGCACCAACGAACAACCGCAGACAGCGUACAACCCUGACGGUGCUUACGACAACGCCGCGUACAACGCUGAUCCCACACGCGGCUGGGACCCCAAUGCCGUUUGGGACCCUGACCGCGCCUGGGAUGAGACCUCCAUGCAACAACCACCAGUGACUCAGAACCAGUCCUGGGGAGACGUCGGCAACCAGAUGCAGUCACCGGAGGUUCAGUCACCACAGCAACAGACCAGCCAACAGCAACAGAAAACGCAACAGGCGCCCCCCCAACCCGCCUACUACAAGGCCAAGGAGUACAACCCCGAGACAGCUGUAGACCCUCUCGUCAAACCCAUCGGCGCCAACCGCCUCCAGCUCGCGUGUUGGUACGUGGCGUUCCCCGUCCACUGGUCGUGUCGCCACACCAUGCCUGACAGCCGCGGCCGCUGGUACCCGAUCACCUUCAUCAUCUCCAUGCUGUGGAUAUCCUUCUACUCUUAUUUCAUGGUCUGGAUGAUCACCAUCAUUGGUUACACCCUGGGUAUACCCGACACGGUCAUGGGUCUGACCUUCGUGGCGGCGGGCGUGUCCGUGCCUGACGCGUUAUCUUCUCUCGCCGUCAUCAAGGAAGGGUACGGGGACAUGGCCGUGUCCAACGCCGUGGGCUCCAACGUGUUCGACAUCCUCGUGUGCCUCGGCCUGCCGUGGUUCAUUCAGACGGCCAUCAUUCAGCCGGGGAGUCACGUCAAUGUCAUUAGCAAGGGUUUGAUCUAUUCGACCCUGUCCCUGUUCUCGACGGUGAUAUUCCUGGUCGUGGCGACUCACGCCAACGGCUGGAAGCUGGACCGUAAGUAUGGCGCCGUCCUGAUGGUUUGGUACCUGCUGUUCAUCACCCUGGCCAGCCUGUACGAGCUGAACGUGUUCGGGAACUACCACCCGCCAGACUGCGAGUCCAUCUAUUAAUAUGUAACCUUCUUGGUCGACGAUUUUAUAUUAUGUUAAAGGAGUUCCCAUUUUUUUAAUAUAGCAGACUUUUGAUUGAUGCAGAUUUUUUAUUUAGGUUAUAUGAUACAGCCGAUGUCGUUCUAGGUCUCAGGUCAAGUCUAAUUUAAUGGUUACUAAUAUUUGUUAUAUUUGUAAAAAAAAAAAAACAAAGGAUUCUCUUCUUAUAAUAUAUAUUAUUAUAUUUAAAUCUGUUCGAGUUGAAUGUUUACAACUGUUGCAUAAAUAUUAGAAAAUGAUCUCUUCGUGGCUGCGUGAAUGUGUAAAAAAAAUAUAUAAAAAAUAUUGAAAAAAUAUGUUUAAAAUACUCAAUAUUUUCUGGCCUUCGUAGAUAUAGUGAUCUAGCUAUCUCUGUUACAUAGAUAAAAAUAUUAUUUAUUGCUAGAAGUGCUAUCUUAUGAUUGAUCUAACAUCGAGUAGCGUCUUUAGGUAAGAGUAUGUCAAUGGCGUGUUGUAAUUUUUUUUAUUUUUGUAAAUAUUUUAAGGGAUAUAAUUUUAUUUUGUUAAACUUUUUACGUUUCGUGUAUUUUCACGCACAAUCGAAUAUAUUUUCAUUAAAUUUACCAGAACCCCAGAUUCUUUACGAUGUUGUUGUUGUUGUCGUUGUUUUUUUUAUUAUCUGUCACAUUCUAUAUGAAGUGAAUAUUCUAUCUGUCAUAUUCUAUCCGUGUAUCUUUCUUGACGUGUAUUGUGAUACUUGUAUGUAUUUUAGACGCAAAGCGUUAUAUAAACUGUUUAUAAAUUUUAAAAACAAUUCAUCGAACCAAACGAGUAUUAAUAUUGAGACAAAUAAUUGAUUAUUGUCAAAAUUGAUUUUAAAAUUUAUAUAGUUUAAAUUAUAUAGGGUUGCAUGUAAUCACAUAUAUCUCCUUAUAUAGAUAUAUUAUGAAUGUUUGUCUAGUUUUAGCGUGAAUUACGUACAUUUUUAUAGCCGUUUAAUAUUAUAUAGUUAUUCAUGUCUCUGCGAGUUAAAUUCACUGUUAUGUCUAUGUAGUCAAGAUUUGGAUUAGUGACUUAGACACUUCUAGGUUAGGACGUUCGAGAUUCGGUCUUUGGUUUUUCGGAAUUAAAAAAAAAAAAACAAAAUGGCUACCGUUUAAUGAUUUGUCGUCGAUCAGAAUCACAGUAGAAGCUUUUCAUUGAAGACUAAGCUCCCACAACACAUAGUAUAAUUAAAUAAUAAAUAUGAUACAUCGACGUAAACGAAUUAAUAUGGAAAUAAACUAUUGAACAAAAUUUACACUAUAGAUUAUCAUCCGGUUUUAGAGACGAUGUUUUUUUUGUACCUUCUUUAAGAAUCUGUUGUAAUAAUAUUGUCAUUUGUAUGCUUAGCACGAGUCUCCCUCGUCACACUACAUACUAUUGGUUGUCUCUCGUUCAGUAACCCACGUUAACAUUAAAUGUGUUAAGAAUUAUGAGUGAAAUACUUUAAACGCUCCGUAUGUAGUGCGAUGGAAACUCAUAGUAAGCAAGUGUAUGAUAAAUGUUUUUCCAUUUUCCCAGACUACCUCGUCAUAUCUUCCCUCUAUCAUUUAGUUGUAUAUUAUUUUAUUCGUUCUUGUAAUGAAUCACGGGUAACAUUGACACAGUUUUCUAUUAAAUUAUUAAUAAAGUAUUACAUGUAGUGACAAUAAUAGCUUUAUGUUAUGAGUGCGAAAAUAAAAUUAGCUUCAAUUAUUCUGUGAAAGAGAUACACAGAAUAAAAAUCGUUCGGAGUGAUUAUUUACGUCCCAUUGGAACUCUCCUCUGUUAUAUUUGAACGUUGAUGUCAAAGACGCCUCUGAAUAUAAAAAAUAAUAAUAAUAAUGAUAAUAAAACAAAUGAAAUAUAAACGAAAUUAAAAUCGACUUGUGAAAAUCCUAUUUUAUUUAAUCCCAUAGAAGAAUUUUUAAUAUUAAAUGUAUUUUAAAUGAAUGUGUUCGUAUUUGAUAAAACCCUGUUCCAUUAACGAGUAAGGACUGUGAACUGUGUGUGCAAUUAAUAAUGUCAAAUUAUUAUUAAUUAUUGAAAACGGUAGUUUAUUAAUGUUAGUGACGUUUCUAGAUCCGAGCUUGCUAUGGAUUUGAAAUAAUAUCCGGCUCUUGCUCAGCGCAGAUAUUGGAAUUGUAGAAAGACAAUGUUUUUUGUUUAAAUCCCAUUGAGUUUUUAUUUAAUAUAUUUGAAAACAAGAUGGCGUCUAUGGAAAUAAAGUUUUGUUGUUAGCUCGUCUCCUUUAAUUGUUUGUAAUGUAUGGAUUGGCUUAUAUAAUAUUGUGAUGUACUUUUCCUCCGUGUAACAACAGUUUCAUUAAUCAUCAUUAUAUUAGUGUUGCCAUAUAAGCUUGAUAAUAUUGUGGUUUGUGAAAAAACCUUAAGUAUAAUUAAUAAAUCUGUAUACCCUGUUA